AUGUUUAGCUUGCCUACAAUUCUCAUAAGUCUUCAUAGUUCUAAGCACUCUCAAGUUGAAAAACACAAGAGCAUUUUUAAAUAUAGAAUGCAAUCACUUAUGGUUGUUUGGAUUUUCAAGAUGCAUAUGAUCAAAGUUUCGAAUAUAAUGGGUAUUGAUCCCAAGCCUUUUGAUCCCAAAACAUAUGUGGAAGAAGAUGUUUAUGUCACAGAUGAGUCUGGAUCAAAGAAGAGAAUACGGUUAGAGAACAAUAUUGUUCGCUGGAGGAGGGUUAAAAAUCCGGAUGGCACAACAUCUGUAAGUCAAUCUUUUGGUUUUUCAUCUGGCCAUUUGAGAUGUGAAGUCGAAGGUCAAGGAGAGGCUGGAAUUGAGAGUGAGGGUGAACCACUAGAUGUUGAUGUUCUACACGGUGAGAGUGAGGGUGAGAAAAGUCAGAGUUCUCAAGAAGUUGAAAUUGGUGAUCAAAGGGAAGAAAGUGAAGAGAGAUAUUUGGAGAGUGAUGAUGAGGGAUAUGGCCAAAGAGUUGUAACAAGUAGAAGACGCAAUACAAUUGAUAGUGGAUCUGAAAGAUCAGGGGAGAACUAUUUCAUUGCUAGCAAAGACGAGGAAGUGAAUCAGGCCAGAAGUUAUAGUAGAUCACCCGAUGAUGAUAAAAAUGAGGAUCAUCUUUUACACUCAGCUCCAGAAAUCCGUGAUGUUUUCGGGGACUCGGACGAUGAAGAACAAGAAGAGUAUGCAGUUCAAAAUCAGAUCGAAGAUGAAAAUAGAUCCCCUGUAGAUGAAGAGGAAACUUUUGAGAAAGAACUGAGGCCAGAGGAUAUGAUUCUCGAUGAAGAUGCCCCGUAUGAGUCCGACGAAGAGCAUGCUGAGGCUAGACCCAAAGAAAAGCCCGUUGGCCCUCCUCUGGAGCUGGAGAUUCCUCUGCGUCGUCCCCCAGCUGACCCCGAUAAGGUUUAUCUCCAGUUUUGUGACAUUUACAGCCUACCUCUCUAAUAUCUGCUAUUUUCUAUGAUUCUUG